GCUGCAGUUCUCCUCAAGGACAUGAAGCUGCUGGACGUGAAGCUGGGCCAGCUGCCCAGCUGGCUGGCCAUGAGAUACUUCAGUCCCAGCGGCAUCCUGGGGGGAGGUUACGACAGAUACUACAAUAAGUACAUCGAUGUGAAGAAAGGGGGCCUGGGUGGCAUCUCCAUGGUGCUUGCUGGUUAUGUUGUUAUCAGCUACAUCUGGAGCUACAGCCACCUGAAGCACGAGCGCCGCAGGAAGUACCACUGA